AUGAUGCUAGAGGGACUAGUAGAAGAGUUGGAAGAGUUAGAAGAUAAGAAGAAGCCGAAUAUGGACGAAACAGAGGUGACCAAUCUCGGUGACGAAGAGGAUGUCAGGGAGACACGAAUCAGUGCUCAUUUGAGAUCUCCACCGAAAGAAGAGCUCAUAACUCUGUUGAAGGAAUAUAGAUUAUGCGGGAGAUUCAAUAGUAUCAACUUCAAACAUACUUCAAGGGCUCAAAAUGAGUUCGUAGACGCAUUGGCUACAAUAGCAUCUAUGAUCCAGCACCCCGAGAGUACUUGCAUUGAUCCGCUAGAGAUCACACUGAGAGAGGAACAGGCUCACUGCACCCAUGUCAAGGCCAAGCCGGAUGGCCAACCAUGGUAUGCUGACAUCAAGGCCCCAGAGAGUUCAGCAAAUCAAAAGAAGACCAUUAGGAGGUUGGCUAAUGGGUUCUUCUUGAACAAAGAAGUAUUGUAUAAAAGGACCCCUGACCUCGGGUUACUCAGUGUAUCGGAAUCCAUCAUCACAGACAAUGGUGCCAAUCUGAACAUCCAUUUGAUGAAGGAUAUCUACGACUAA